GAGAGAGAUGCAUCUUCAAUGCAGAAGGGUUUCAUGAAAGAUCCACCAAGUAAGCGCAUGAUUCAUCGCUUGUGGCUGCUUGCGGAUGUGCUUGUCCGUUGAUGAUCAGGUCUGUCUGUCUGUGUCUGCCUGUCACACAGCUGUCUAGAGGGAGAGCCUGUGUGAGAUAGAGAAGCGAAGCGUCGAUGGAGCGUGUGCGUCAUGAGAAUGAGCUGCUUCGCAUGCAGCUUUCGGGCCAGCCCUUUCCGCCCUGCCUCUCCAUUGCUGACGUCCCUGGCGCCGGCAUCGGUGUGUUCGCCAACCAAGAUAUCAAGGAGGGGCAGAUUCUCGUCGAGGAAGCCGCCUGUCAAGGCUGGGCAGCGCCCUUUCUGUGGGCGGAAAACGUCGCGCGUUUCUACUGCUCUUACUGCUUCUCUCCGCUGCCUCUCGAGGUCAAGGACCGAAGCGGCGACGAUCGACCACCGGCCACGGCUUCUGAGAAGCCCGUCGAGCUGGAGUUGACGGCAAUCGACGCAUCAGAAGGGGCGCUUGUCUUUUCCUCAUCGUCGUCCAGUGGCGCAGUGAAUGACGGCGAAUGCGCACCGUGUGUGGAGCUGGAGCUUACUGUGCUGUUCGUGAGCUGCUUGCGAGCGAGUGAAGGGUGCUCGGAGAGGUACUGCCACGAAGAUUGCAGAGCCGCAGCCGAUGCAGAGGUGAGAAGGGGCGUGGGUGUCUGCCUGUCUGUCUAUUGCUCAUCCUUUAUGCAUGCAUGCCUGUGUGUGUCUGCGUGCAGUUUCAUUCCCGGCUUUGUCGCGCAACAGACUGUGGAGCUCAGUACGCCGGGCUGGCGCUGUCAAGCGACAACGAAUAUUACCUGCUGGCGGCAAAGAUGUUCGCCCAGUACGCCGUGGGCAUCAAUGGCGGCGAAACCUUCCCAUGGGCACCCCUACGCUCACAGCCUUGGUACGUCCCCCACGAUGGUGCAGUCAUGUCGACACUCUUGUCUGUGUACACACAUAGGUGGAGGACAAUGCAGCGGCCCACCUACAGCAGCAGCAGCAGCAGCAGCGACUCUGACGACAGCAGCGACAGAGGGCAGGCUGAGGGACGGGAUGAGCCGUCAUUGAUUGAUGAGGCGGGCCGUGCCGAGCUGGAUGCGUUCUACCGCAAUGCUGUCAAGGACCAGACACGCACCGCUGCACACCGGCUACAACAAAUGUUGCCAGGUGCGCCGCUGUGUGAAUGCCAUCGGCGGAUUCACCUCCACGCACGUAUUGCUGAUGUUGUGUACGUGUGUGUUUGGGCGCAGAGAUAGCUGAUGUCUUGACGGUUGAGGCGCUGGCCGAGUGUAUCGGUGCCAUCCGUGUCAACGCCCUCUCAUUCACUGUCCGGCACCAUGCCGUCACCGUGGAUGUGGAGUCCGGGCGGGCCUGGGCAGACCAGGAACACGACACGACGAGCUUGCAAGGUCAGCCCACGCACCAGACCAGCCACACGGAAGAUAAUGCACCGUGGGCCUUUGUGCGAAUUGUGUCUGUUAUGUGGCCAUAUACAUGCAGUCCAAGACCACUUUGCCGAGUCGCUGAAGGUCCACGUGCGUGUCCCAUCCUCCCCGUCCGAUGCUCCUUCCACCGCCCGAUGCUCCUUUCAGCUGCCGGCCCUGUCUGGAUUUGCGAUCUUCCCAUUCCAAUCAUGUUUCAACCACAAAUGCCCCGAUGCGACCGCACAGCCGUCCGCACCAAACUGCUACUGUGUGGAGCCAUCCAUCGCCGUGACAUCGGCGCGCGGCGAGACGGCAGGGGGGCCGAGAAUGGCCAUACGUUGCUGCGUGGUGGCUGCGAGGGAUGUGGCCAAGGGAGAGGAACUCUCUAUCGAUUACCUCGUCGGUAAGUCAGAGAGAAUGGCUGAACUUGUGUGUCUUGAUGUGUUGAAUAUGGAACGUACAGGCAAGGAAAGCGGGACGGCGGCUGCAGCGGUGGAGCGGCGUGGCAUCUUGCUCGGACAGUACGGCAUCUGUUGCCGGUGUUCGUUGUGCUUCCAUCCCUCAGAGAGUAGUAGCCGCUCUUGACAUGCCAGUGCAUCUGUGAGAGGGGGCAGCUGUGGAUAGAUGCGUUUGUCUAUCUCGCAUUACUGAUAUUCACAUGACUGAUGGACAGUGCAUGAGCCGUUGGCCAACGGACGAAACGUCGUCUCGACUUUUUCCCCCACGCCCCUCCUUUGUUUGUGCACUCGGUGACGAGGCCACCAAAAGGGCCCAUCGUCACUGACUGCAGGUGAGUUGCGGACAUCGCUUUCGUUCCUGACCAUCCUUCUUGCUGUCUGAUGCGCCCCACAGGAUCAUGGACACGGGAGGCCAAACCGGCGUGCCCAUGGUGGGCUCCAGAUACUACAAUGCCAAAUGCUUGGUAGGCAACUGGUUCGAAGCCCGGCUGGAGAAGCCGUUUGUGGAAUUCGAGGAGGCCACCCGCCCCCAGACGACCCCAUCCUCCAUCGUCAGCGGCGGCCCGAAAGGCACAUACAGCACUGCAGGAGGGUAUGUUCUGUGGCCUGACCCACAGUGUGAGGAAUGUAGCUGGAUGCAUGGAUGUGUUGUCGCAGCGAAUACGGAAUCUGGGCUCGACCGUACCGAACUACCAGGUACCGCGCUGACCUCUGUGGCUCGAUUGUCAACUACGGGUGGGAGACAACGCAACGAACAUACUCACUGCAUUGGCCUGGUGUGCAUAUAAGUUGUCGCUUCCUGUCUGUCGUUCUUGCAUCAAUGGUAGUGAGUAUGACAGACAGAUGUGGCUGACGCGCUAUCGCGAAGACUACAUCGCGCCAAAGAACAUGGUGGGGAGGAAAGAUGGAGAAGGAAAUUCUCAGUGGGUCAGGAGGUUGGUUUGUGUGUGUAUAGGUCCCGCCACGCAGGCUGAGGCAGACGUACCUCACAGCCGAUGCGCAGAAGCUGAGUGACUACAUAGACACCUGGACACGAGGCAAGGUCGGCAGCAAGUGAGAUUUGUCUGUAGAGUGAUAUGUAGCCAUGUUAAUGCAGUCCAUCGACAGCAGCUGUCUCGACCAUAUCUUGAACGAGCACUGAACACUGCAUGGACUCAUCUGCGUCACAAAGCGUCACAAGUAACAGUGUAUAAGGGCCUGGAU